AAUAGUACUCAAAGUAGUGGCAAAAUGUGAAGAAGAGAGCAUCGCCUUGGCCGCUUGUUCCGAUCUCUCUCGCCGCAAUUCUCUUCCAAAUCACAAUCUGCUUGGAAUCAAUCUCAGCUCGUACUAUUCAUCUCGCUCUUGCUCAUGCCCGUCUCCAAGGCAAAAAACCUCGCCUCACUGCUCCGCUCCGGCGCCGCACUCGCCAAAACCACCGCCCCUACCGCUUCCGGAGAUAUCGCCGCAAAAAGAUACGUCUCAUCCGUCAGGUCUUCUGCCUCCACCGCUUCAGAAUCCACUCAGAACCGCUUCGUUCACUCUUCAAACACUCAGUCUCCCUCCUUCAACUCCCCGUCCAAGCCACUGAUUGGCGCAUUCGAUGGCUGCUCGGAUGACCACUAUAACGAAGAUCAGGAAGGGCUGCUGUCGCAGGAAAUAUCUUCCAUAUUGUGUGGUGAUGUAGAUUCAAAAGUGGUCAAUCCACCAAAAUCACAAGUGAUUAGCAGAGAUAAGACUUUAGAAAAUGUUUUGGGUGUACCAUGUAUCUCAAACAUUCCAAGUAGUGAUGUAUCUUUGCGCCGGAAGGAAGUUUCGCGAGAAAGGAAACAAAAGUGGGUUUUAAAGAUCUGCCAAAAGACUCGUCUAGACCGCUUAGUUGAAUUAUGCUUUAACCAACUGGGAAUAGAUGCUACAGUUCAGGUAUUCGGUAAACUUCGACGGGAAACUGGCCUGGUAGAAUAUAAUGCAUUGAUAAGGAGUUGUAUAGAAAAGGCAAGGAUGAUGGACAAUGAAGAAGAGUCAUUAAAGCAACUUUCUGUUGCAUAUAAAUUUCUGAAAUCAAUGAGGGAGCAAGGUUUCCAAUUACAGGAAGACUUUUAUGGUCAAGUUCUUAUGUAUUUAAUUGAUUGUGGCAUGGUUCCAGAGUUUCACUUUUACUGUGAACUCAUAAGAGAUGGAAAUGCUGAUUCGCUUCCAAAUUUAGCUUACUAUGAGAUGUUGCUGUUUAUAAAGACCAAAAAUAUUGAUAAAGUAGAAGAACUCUGUUAUAAUCUUGCACUCUAUGAUGGCAAAGACAAAGACACCUUUCUAGAAAAAUAUCUGUUAGCAAUGUCCAGUGGUGACUGUAAAGAGCAGUUUUUGCAGCUUUUGAAUACUCUUGACAUAACAAAAGUUACUUCCAUGAAAAGUUUAACAUGCAUCUUCAAAUCCUUGGGGAAGUUAAUGUUGGAGAACAUUGCAGAGAAGUGCUUUCUGGAUUUGAAAACCAGUGAUGUUGAAGCAGAAAAAAUCUCGAGUUUCAUCUUUGAAUACACCACAAGUGUGCCAAAUUUAGCAGUUGAAGACAUUGUUCUUAAAUUCAAAAAUUUGCAUGCUGAGAUGGAUGUGACACCCUCAUCUGCACAAUGGGAGAAACUCAUUAAGUUCUCCUGUGAAUUGCUUAAGGUACACAUUGCGCUUGACAUUGUAGACCAGAUGUAUGAACAGGGUUUGGCUUUAUCAAUAGAGGCAUUUAAUUUGAUAUUAGGUGCAUGUGAAGAAAGCUACGAGUACAAUUUGGUUCGUCGGAUGCAUUCAAUAAUAAGUUGCUAUAAUCUGAAGCCAAACAGCGAGAGCUUCAGAAUGAUGAUAAACUUGAGUGUAAAAAUGAAAGACUUUGCGGGUGCAUAUAACUUAACCAGUGAUUUGCAGAAAUUCAAUUUGAUGCCUACGGCAAGCAUGUACAAUGCCAUAAUGGGUGGCUAUUUCCGUGAGAAAAACAUACACGGUGGAUUGAUGGUUCUCAAACAAAUGGAAGAUGCAAAAGUGAAACCUGACUCACAAACUUUUAGCUAUCUUUUAAGAAACUGCAAUUGUGAAGAUGAUAUCAUUAAGUUUUAUGAUGAGUUGACACUUUCUGGGGUUCAAGUCACAAAGCAUGUUUAUAUGGCCCUUAUAAAUGCAUAUGCAUCCUGUGGACAGUUUGAAAAGGCUAAGCAGGUAAUCUUGGGCAAAGGGAUACCAGUAAAGAACUUAAAUGAAGUCAAAAGUAUGCUUGUUUCAGCUCUUGCGGCACACGGUCAAGUAUCAGAUGCCCUUGAAGUGUACGAAGAAAUUAAACAAGCUAAAUGCAAUCUGGAUCCCAGAUCAGUUUCUCGUCUUAUUGAUCAUCUACAGUCUGAAGGGGAAUUUAAUAGACUACUUCAACUACUUGAUGAAUUAGAUGAGCGGAAUCACUGGAUUGGAGCCUGUUUUAAAGUUAUAUCAUAUUGUGUUCGACAUGAAGACUUAAGAUCUGUCAUAGAAUUGCUCAAGAAACUUAAGGAUAUGUACAACGAUGAUGAGGUGGCUAGGGAGGUUCUCUUUGAUGAGGUUUUCUACCGCAUUGCAGAGAAAGAACCAAGAACCAUGCAUUUUGGCUGGAAUCUGCUUCAAUCUAUUAAGAAAGAUAUUGGUCUUCGCCCAUCUCGAAAAUGUCUGGAUUUCCUCCUAAGCGCUUGCAUAAGUGCCAAAGAUUUACCGACUUGUUUCAAAAUCUGGGAGGAGUAUAUAGAAGCCGGUCUUCCUCACAACUCUCUAAGUUAUUUGAGGAUGUACCAAGCUCUUUUGGCAUUGGGGUCACAAAAAUCCGCUAAAAAUAUGUUGAGUAAAAUCUCAAAAGAAGAUCCACAUGUUCGUGCUGUCAUUUAUGCAAGCCGAGCAGCAUACAGAAAUGGUGCUCCAGUUGGAGGGAAGAAAAAUGCAAAAGCGGAUUUGAGGCCGGAAACAAUGAACAUAUUGAGCAAACUGGAAGCGAAUUACAAGUAGUGAAUGAGAUUGAAGCCCAAGUGAUUUAUACUUGAAAGAUUCCAAUAGCUUCAAACACUAGUUACCUAUUCACGUCUCCUGCUCGAGAUGAUCAGUAUUAAUUUUAUAGCUUGCAGUCAAAUGGCAGAAUUCCCCUUGAGUUGAUCAAAAACUGUGCUAGUAAACAUGUUUUCUGUUCUUCAGUCUUUCAGUUUUUCAGAAAACUUGAGAAAUUCUUCAGUUAGUAAACAGGUUCUAGGUCGUUGUGUUUGUGUGAUUCUUUGGCUAGGCAUGAUCUGUUUCUGUAUCUCUGGAUUAUCUGCGGCUAACCUUGUACAUAGCAUUAUUUAUUAAUGAAUUUUCGUAGUGUAUCGUAAG